AGCCCUACACAUUGUUACAACAUUUGUGAGGCGCACAGUGAUGUGGUAGAGCUUGAUUUGGCCUCUGUUAGGCCAUAUUGCAUCAAGCUUAAAUCGGCCUUAGUUACACGCGUAUGUUAACUCCGUAUUAACGUUUGCGGACUUUUUUUAGCGGAUUUACAAUAAUCGCGAAUCGAAUUAGGGGCGUUUCAGGCCCGGCGUGAACAUAAUUGUACACUCGCAAACUCCAUUAGAAACGAGGGCUAAGGGGCUUAAGUUGCAAACUUCCCUUGCUUGGCUAAUCAUUUGGACUGACGACAAAUAUGGCUGCGGCGAUUCCCCCAAGGGCAUAUGACGAGGGUGUGUCUUAAGUGUUUGGACUACAACUUAUUCCCUAAGAAUUUAUGUCAGGAACUAAGAGGGGCAGCUAAAAUGGGUCCUUCGUUCUUACGUCCUCAGAUGCACUGACACAAAAAACGUGGGUUAUGUGAACGAUGAAGUAGUUGUGAAACAGCUAGCUAGCUAUACAAUACCAAAUUAUUCUCCUUUUGUAAUUGAUAAAGUAGUAUAACAUCAGUCGGGAAACUCGGCACCGCAGGGACACCUUGAAGGGCACUACACGUCAGUAGACACCACACCGAAGAAAUGUCCUCAGUCAAGGAGGAAGGUAAGGACCGUGUCAUCUUUGUGACUAAGGAGGAACAUGAAGCGCCGAGCAACGCUGAGCUGGUGGAGGAGGAUCCUGAUGACCCCUAUGAAGAACGAGGUCUGAUCCUACCCAAUGGGGAGAUCAACUGGAACUGCCCCUGUCUGGGAGGGAUGGCCAGCGGUCCCUGUGGAGCAUCGUUUAAGGAGGCCUUCUCCUGUUUCCACUACAGCAAGGAGGAGGUGAAGGGCUCAGAGUGCCUGGAGCAAUUCAGGGGCAUGCAGGAGUGUAUGCAGAGAUACCCAGAACUCUACCCCCAGGAGGAUGACAAGGAGACCCAGGGAGGGCCAUCUGAAAAGGAUCCUUCCAAACAUGACUCUGCCCCUGAACCAACCCCUACACCCCCAGUCCAAGACUCUAGCCCUUCCACCGCCCCUGCUGACACCCCACCACCCUCAAACAGCUCAGCCUCAGGCUGAGCAUGAUUCACGACAAGCCCUUUCUAUGGAUGUGUUAAGGUGAUCCUUUUUGUAUCAAUUAUUUAAACUGAUAAAUGGAAGUGUUGACUAUUCCCCCCCACUCUAACCCAGAUUGGGUUUUCCCCUCAUAGAAUAUAAGAGACUUGUAGAGGAAGGAGGGUAAGGAAAAAGAUGGGAUAACUUCACUCUAGGUGUGUGUAUUUCUUUGUGCUCCUUCAGGAAAAAAACAAGACCAUGUGCUGUGCUAUCCUUUGCCAUUAUUAGUGUUCUGUUUUUGUAUUGAUUUUUCUCUUUACUAUAAAGUCCAAUUAGUAAUUGCUUUUUGUAUUUUAAAAAUGUCAUUUCUACUUUAUUUUUCCAUUUGUCUUUUAUAUUUAAUUCACACCUGGUUUUUUAUUUUCCAAUUUUCUCAGAUUCUGUGGGUGCCUUGCAAAAGUAUUCAGACCCCUUGGACUUCUUCACAUUUUGUUGUGUUGCAAAGAGAUAAAUAGAUUUAAU